AUAAAGUCUCUCACUACCCCCCUGUUGCUGAGAGUCAGCUCCUAAGAACGAUGUUUGUGAUUUUAGCUGCUGUAGCAGUGUUUCUGGAGGCAGUCUCUGCCACCUCCCUCGGGACUGUGUACACCGAGGGAGGGAUGGUGGAGGGUGAAAACAUUCGCCUUGGGUUGUUGGUAAACCGUCGUUACAUGGACAUCUUCAAAGGAAUUCCCUUUGCUGCCAUGCCUGGAAGGUUUCAGAAGCCAAAGCCUCACCCUGGUUGGGAUGGUGUUCUAAAGGCGACUGAAUACAGAAAGAGAUGUCUUCAGCUGACCCUCCUUCAGACUGAGACCAGAGGCAGUGAGGACUGUCUUUACCUUAACGUCUGGGUUCCUCAUGGCCGCAGAGUAGUGUCUAGUAACUUGCCUGUCAUGGUGUGGAUCUACGGAGGAGCAUUCUUGGUUGGAGGUUCGAUGGGUGGAAACUUCCUGGAUAACUAUCUCUACAGUGGUCAGGAAAUUGCAGAUAGAGGAGAGGUUAUAGUGGUGACAUUGGGAUACCGUGUAGGAGCCAUGGGUUUCCUGAGCACAGGAGACUCUAGUAUGCCUGGAAAUUAUGGUCUGUGGGACCAGCAGGCUGCCAUUGCAUGGGUGCACAGGAACAUUCGAUCAUUUGGAGGAAACCCUGACAACAUCACCAUCUUUGGAGAGUCUGCAGGUGGAGCCAGUGUUAGUUUUCAGACUCUCACUCCUCACAACAAAGGUCUCUUUAAGAGAGCCAUCUCCCAGAGUGGCGUUGCUCUUUGCCCUUGGGCAAUCAACAGAAACCCCCGCAAGUUGGCUGAGGAGAUUGCCCUGAAAGUCAACUGCCCCACUGAUGAGAAAAUGGCUGCCUGUCUGAGGAUGACCGAUCCUGUGGUCCUGACCAUGGCGGGUGAUUUGUCUCUGACCAGUUCCCCCGACAGUCCGAUUGUGUCCAACAUGGCCCUGUCUCCUGUGCUGGAUGGCGACUUCCUGCCAGACGAGCCUCAAAACCUGUUCAGCAACGCUGCAGAAAUCGACUACUUGGCUGGAGUGAACGACAUGGAUGGACAUUUGUUCACCGGUUUUGAUGUUCCAUCGGUCAACUCUCAUUUGGUGUCUACCCCUGUUGAGACUGUGAAGAGACUCUUGGCUUCCUUCACAAAGGAGAAGGGCCAGCUCGGUUUGGAUAAUGCCUACUCCACAUACACCUUAGACUGGGGAUCAAAUCCCAACAAGGAGACGAUCAAGAAAACUGUUGUGGCCAUUGAAACAGACUACAUCUUCCUAAUUCCUACACAGAACGCCCUUUAUCUUCAUGCUUCUGCUGCCACAACUGGACGCACCUACUCGUACCUUUUCUCUCAGCCCAACCGUAUGGGGGGCCUUACAUUGCCCUACCCUAGUUGGAUGGGAGCUGACCACGCUGAUGACUUGCAGUACGUGUUCGGGAAGCCUUUUAGCACGCCACUGGGAUACUGGCCUAGCCAUCGUGAUGUCUCCGGCUACAUGAUUGCCUACUGGACCAACUUUGCCAAAACUGGAGACCCUAACAGUGGAGACUUGAAAGUCCCUGUUUCCUGGCCAAAAUUCACCACCUCAGGACAUCAUUACUUGGACAUCCAUUCUAGGAUGCGCAAGGACAGUGUGAAACAGAUGAUGAGGACACGCUACGUUCAUUUCUGGUCUAGUGUCUUUCCCAACCUACCUUCAAUCAUUUCAGAAUAAAGAUCCUGUGUGUACAUUGGCCAACUUGAAGUGAAGAUCAGUGUUAUCAGAGGCACAACAUGAGUGUUAAGUUCAUGAAAAAUAAAUUGUUAUGGCAGACAUA